AUGCCUCAUGCCAUUUCGAUGCCCGCAACGGGCCUCCAGGCUCUUAUUCUCUGCGGCCCUGGAUCUUCUUUUCCAACCUUCACAGCCAACCCAGAUGAAAAUCCAAAGGCUCUCCUGCCCAUUGCUAACCGGCCGAUGGUUUGGUACCCUAUCGAUUUCUGUUAUAGGACUGGAAUCACGAAUAUAAAGUUGAUUUGUCCACCGUCAGCGGCAGAGGCCAUGACCACAGCCCUGAAUACUAAUCCCUUCUUAACCAGCCUUCCUUAUCCUCGUCCGGACCUAGUAUCACCGAAAGACCUGGACUACAAUACAGGUACUGCGGAGAUUCUCCGGCUUCCCGAGAUUCGGGAUAUUGUCAAGUGUAACCUAAUAGUCCUGCCAUGUGAUCUUGUCUGUGAAAUAGGGGGAGACAAAUUGCUACAAACUUGGAUGGUCAAGGCUGCUAGUCUCCCAGAUAUUCUCGGAGGUGGAGCAGCUCCUUAUUGCAGCGGUGGUUUAGGGGUUUGGUACGAGACGAAGACAGCCAACCCUAUUAAGGGUGAGGAAACUGAUUUUCUUGCUACUACUCCCAUGCCGAGGGACCCUACUUCACCAAAGAAUCAUAUAUCACAGCAUCUAUCGUAUUUGGCAAUGUCUAUGCCAACGGAUUCGCUCAACGAUCUUGUCGAAGCCAAGGACGCGUUCCCACUUCGACAUGGUUUACUUCGCAACCAUCCUAAGCUAAGGAUGUUAACAACACAUCGAGACGCACAUAUCUACUUCUUACCGAAGUGGGUGAUGGAAUUCGUGAAAGAAAAUGAGAAACUCGAAACUAUCGGGGAAGAUGUUGUUGGAUGGUGGGCAAAGGCUACGUGGCAGACAGGACUGUCAGAAAAACUUGGUUUGAUGAACGUGCUACAGGGUCGCAUCAAGGGCACAGAAUCAGCCGAUCUUGCCCGUGACGAUAGUCCCCCACCACGUGGUGAGGUGUUAGACUCUCAAGGAAGUGGCAGUUCGCCUUCUGCAGAACCCGAAGAUGCUCACAACUCGAUUUUAAGUAAACCUUCUCAAGCCUCAGUACCACCAGUCCUGGCAUAUAUCCACCCAUCUCAGCCAGAUGCCCCCCUUCUACGUCGCGUUGAUACAGCCCAGCUCCUCUUGGCUGUAUCGUUACGGCUAGCUAAGCUACCUUCUAUUGAGGAGACAGGCCCAGACGCCGCGUCGCCAUUUGCGCAUCCUAAAAAGAUCGCUUAUCCCGACGGCGUCAAACCUCGGACCACUAUUACCAGACAAGAUUGCUUAAUCGCCGAUAAUGUUAUGGUGGACGAGAAAACAUCUAUCAAAGAGUGCGUUGUGGGCGCUAACUGUCAAAUUAAAGAAGGUGCUAAACUUUUCCAAUGUUUACUUAUGGAUGGUGUGGUUGUCGGAAAAGGCUGCAAGUUGACGCGCUGUAUACUUGGUAAAAGAAGCGACAUUGGCGAGGGUUCAAUAUUAACGGACUGUGAAGUGCAGGAGAAUCUGCUGGUUGAACCAAAAACCGAUGAUAAGGACAAUAAAUUGAUGAGCUCCUCCGGCCUGGAGGCCAGUGAAGAAGAUAUGCAGGACGUCUUACAAGAAUUCGACGACGAGCAAGCCGCUACGACCUCAUUCGAAUAA